AUGGCCAGCCGCAUUCUCCUCAUCAACGGUCCCAACCUGAACCUCCUGGGUACCCGGGAGCCCGAGACCUACGGAUCAACCACCCUCAGCGAUGUCGUCUCCAUGGCCGAGAAGCAGGCCGCCGACCUCAAGAUUCACAUCGAGAACUUCCAGUCCAACCACGAGGGCGGCAUCAUCGACCGGAUCCACGAGGCCAAAGGCAACAUCGACGCCAUCGUCAUCAACCCCGGCGCCUACACCCACACAAGCGUCGGCAUUCGCGAUGCCCUGCUGGGCGUCGAUAUCCCCUUUGUCGAGAUUCACAUCUCCAACGUCCACGCGAGAGAAGCAUUCAGACAUCACAGCUAUCUCAGUGACAAGGCCGCGGCUGUCAUCUGCGGAUUGGGUGUUUUCGGUUACACGGCGGCCAUCGAGUUUGCGGCGAAGCACAUGAAGGUCAAGCAGAAGCUUUGA